UAUCGAUACGCAACUUAAUCUUCACGGAAGCGUACUUGAAUUCUAUCGUAAAUAUUUCACGAGUGGAGAGAGUUUUUAUUUUUUCUGUUUUAAGAAACAAAACGAAACGAAAAAGAAGCGUAUAUAUAUAUAUAUGUAUAUACAAAUCCAUUAUAAUGAAUAUCUCAAAUAAAGAUAUCCUAUCGGAAAUCGGUUUUGAAAAAUUGGUUCGAGAGAUUUUCGAGAGGUUAAGUCGUUUCUAUAGGAAAUCAUAGAUAACAUUUAUUAUAAGCGUUUCCAGCGUAAUCGUUCGUUCGAUAUCAUCUCGUCGAUCAUAUCGAUCGAAGAUGGACGAAAGCGAGGAAGCACGACGGAAAGUGGAGGGUUUGCGAGUUGGAACAAUAGGAUACCGUACGUUCGUUGCACUCCGCAAAAAACGGGAAAGAAGUCACGAUCGGCCUCGACGACCGUGCGAGUUUGAAAUGCCUCGGGAGAAGCGUCCAUCCGCUCUCGUUCGACGGUGAAGGAUCAACGACGCUCGCAUUUCGCCGCCUUCUUUUGAGAAAUCGACGACAUUUUUAUUUCUUCCUGCCAGUGGAAUUUCACGUCGUUAUCGCGAAACAGGCGAAAAUGGAGAACGUCAGUGAAGACGUCGACGAUGUGAAAAAAUUGGAAGCACCUCUUCUGUUGGUAAGAAGGGGGCAAAGGCAAGGAAUUGCGGCUUGUACGUUUCGAAGUGUAAUUUACAAGGCAGAACGGUAAAAAUAAUGGUACGCUCGGCGACGGGCGUUCUUCGCCGUCCGUUAAACUUAAUGACGCUUCCAUUAGUCGGGAAUUAAAACUGAUUCGGUGUGUUCUCACCCGGGUCUCUCGUAUUUUCCUUAAAUUUCUUCGAUGAUACUUAAACACGCAGAAAGAUAUAAUGCAGGACGUUGUAAUUAUUGGGUAAAGUAAAUAUUUCUUAAGUGGUUACUUACAUACUACUACUAUUACUACUACUACUACUACUACUACUACUUUCGUUUGGAUUGAAAUCUUUUCUAAAAAGGUACGACUAUACAAAGAUGAAAUAUGGUUACCAACGUAGACGUAUGUACGUACAGAAACGUACGUAAGUAAUCGUCUCUCGCGAUCCAACAAGAGCUCUGCCGUAUCUAUACUGUUACGACUAACCCGUAUAUCGCGUGCAACUUUCCGUUCGCAGACCGGCCAAUUCGUUCGAGACAGUCUCGGGAAAUUUUUCAUUCUUAAGUUGCAAAUGUAAAUUUCGACAUUAUCCGCGGCAUCAAUUUUCUCUCACCGGCAAUAAGGAUUCUCUUUCUCUCUCCCUCUCUCUCUCUCUCUCUCUCUCUCUCUCUCCCCCUCCCUCCCUCCCUCCCUCCCUCUCUUCUCCCCCCUCUUUCUCUCUCUCUCAUUUAUUAAAGAUAUCACGAGAGCUAUAAUUCACGGCCAAAUUUCUAUAUUGCACCGGACAAUAUUUCUUUUAAUCUUCGAGCCUACGGUAUUUUUAAUGUUUUAAUCUUCGAAAAGGUAGCGUCUGAAAUCAUGGCAACAUGAAUUUCUCUUUUAAUUUAUUUUCAUUCAUUUACAUAUGUACAUAUAUAUAUAUAUACACACAUAUGUACACGUACGUACGUGUGCGUGUAUUUGUAUGUAUAAAUUAUGUUUAAUAUAUCCAAGAUUACUUCCAUAUUGUAGGUAAUGUCGAAACAAUCGGGAGACUUUAGGAUUAAGAAGAUUUAUCGAUCGAUAGGGUAGACAAGAGACGUUCGGGAGGAUUCUCGAUAGACAUGCUACUAAGCUAUACUAUUGGAGAACAACAGUGACUAUCGAGUAAAGAGAGAACUGCCUUUUAGGGCAGUUAAACGCACGACGACGCCUCACCUCGUCCUCGUCUCGUCUCGUAUCUUCUCCUCUCUUCUCCUCUCUUCUCCUCUCUUCUCUUCUCUUCUCUUCUCUUCUCUUCUCUUCUCUUCUCUUCUCAUCUCUUCUCUUCUCUUUUCUUCUCUUCUCUUCUCUUCUCUUCGCUUCUCAACUAGCCAGCUUCGCUUGGUGGAUCGGUUCGGAUCGCUCAUCGCACUCUUCCCCUUCUCGUCGUCCCGUCUCUCCUGCCGACUCCGAUCCUUCUCAGAACGCGCGCAGGAGACUACAUCGGGUUUUUAGCGCGAUCUUGAAAACGGAAAAUGUCUCUUUUUUCGUCGUGCACGACGCGACGCGAGCCUCACGGCUCGGGAGAUCUUCAGGCGUUUCAUCCUCCGAGUCGUGCUCGACAGGGCAUUUGCUUUUCUCAAGAGCAAACUUCGAAAUGGUACCUCGAAAGUAAAUAAAAAAAAAAAAAAAGAGAGAAAAAAAAGUCGUAUCUUCCCCCAUCGACCUGCACAAAGGUUAAGAACGACGAACUUGACUUGUUGCGGAGGAUAUAUACAUAUGUGUGUGUCUGUGUAUGUGUAGAUGGGGAAAAGAAGAAUAAAAAAAAAAGGAAUGAGAAAAAAAGAGAGAAAAAAUAUUUUCACAAAUUGAAACAAUUUGUUCCGAAGAUUAUAAGAGAUUAUCCAGAGAUAUUUGUCUUGUCAAGUAAGCGAUGAGAGUGUAUUCCAUUCGGGGAAGUAUACGACGUGGAAACAGAAAAGCUGAUUGGGAAAAAAGUGCAGUCAUGUGGGUAAGGAAAGGAUGUGGGAGAAAGAAGAGAAGAAGAAGAAGAAGAGAAAGAAGAAGAGAAAGAAGAAGAAGAAGAAGAAGAAGAGCGAAGGUGGAAGUGGAGGUGGAGAAUGAAAUGGUGCGAUAGCGGUAGAGACAAGAGAAAAGGAGAGAGGGAUCAAGAAAGAGAGAGAAAGAGAAAGAAAGAGAGAGAGAGAGAGAAGUAAGUAUAGUAGAAGGGAGGGAGGUGGAAAAUGCGCCCGGCUACGAAAGGGGCCUGACAGAGGCCAACGAUCGAGAAUGACCAACCAACGGCGAUGUUCUCGAUGAUGAUCCUGAUAUACUAAUUUUUCGAAUGUCCUUCUUGCAGGGAGAGAGACAAGAUCGAACGCUCGCCGGCUCGCGGGACAAAGUUUUUCAUAGGGUGGGAGAGAACGAGCAAACCUCAGGCUCGUCUCGAUGGUUACGUACCAUUCAGAAAAGAAGCAUCAUAGAUCCUUCGAAAGAUAUUCGUCCCGUCUGAAACAUCCCAGACGAGCGAAAGAGAAAAUGAAAGGAAACGAACGAUGAAGAGAAAAUAAUGGAGAGAAAAAAGAUUGAAAGGAAAACGAUUGCCAGACAAAUCGACAAUUAUUUUUUAUUAAGUAGACUUAGUUCGAAUUAAAAGAAAAUUCGCGUGCGAUGUUUAAUAUCCGACUUGUCAAUAUUUUAGAAGAAAUUUUGCCCGAGUAAGAUCUGAGUAUUCCCACGAAAAAAGAAAGGAGAAGAGAUGAAAGAAGAAAAGAAAAGAAAGGAAAGAAAGAAAGAAAUCUGGAACGAACGGAAAAAUAGAACGAAGAUGAAGAUGAAGAAGAAGAAGAAGAAACUGAAAGAGAAAGAAAGAAAGGCAAAGAAGAAAAAAGGGGAUACUGAUGAUCGAAAAAAGAAAAAAGAAAGAGAAAAAAGAAAAGAAAAAAGAAACGAAAAAAAAGAGAGAGAGAAAAAAAUGAAAAAUGAGUCAAAGUCGGUGGCGUAGGUCCUUUCGGUCAAAGCGAAAAAGCUUAAUUAAAGGGCCAGGACUUGGUAGGAGACGGCGAAUUGCAACGGGACGUCCGGCACGAUGCAACGGGUAAGGUGGGCCAAGGGGAGAAGGAGGUAGCCGGUAGACGCAUUCCAGGAGGAGACCGCGAGCGGACUUUGAAUCACGACGAAAAGUCUGGGCCGAUUACUCGGGGCGUUCGAUUUCCAAGGGAUUCGGAGAAUCCUGUCGAAGAAGCUCGGCCGGCCAGUGGCGGCGGUGGCGGUGGCGGUGGCGGUGGCGGUGGUGGUGGCGGUGGUGACGGUGACGGUGGCGGUGGUGGCGGUUGCAGUAGCAACAGCAACAGCAACAGCAACAGCAACAGCAACAGCAACGGUGACGGCGGCGUCGGCCAAGUUUUCGGUAAAUGUGUCGAAGCCCGUUCGAGGUACGGCGAGUCCAGUGUCGUUGGCCUCUCUCUCUUCGUUGCUGCCGUUGCUAGCGGGCUGUUCGCCCUGCCGUCGACCGCCACCGUCACCGUCCUCUUCUUUCUCCUUCUUUCUCUCUCUCUCUCUCUCUCUCUCUCUCUUUCCCUUUCUCUCUUCGUCUCUCUCUUUCUCUCCGUCUCUCUCUCUCUGUCUGUCUGUCUGUCUGUCUGUCUGUCUUUCUUUCUUUCUUUCUGUAGGACGAUGCGUAUACGCUGACGCCACUGGUUGCCGCCACCGCCAGCCGUACCGGCGGCCGCCACUGGCUGCUUCUACGGCACGGAGAAUCCGAGGCUGCCGAGGCCUAUCCCUGUCCCCUCCUGCCCAGAGAAGCCAUCCUCUUAUUCCCACUCCUCCUACGGAGCACCUGUCGUGCCAGGGAGUUCUGCGCGUUAGGGGCGCUCGCCGGAGUAUUCUUACAGAGAUCGGUUUGAAUCGUCCGCGUUUAAGAACGCAUGCGCAAGAGAGACGCGAACUCUAUAGUAAUCUCUCUGUGAGUUUGCGCGAUGUUCGCGACCGCGCCAAGGUAAACGCCGACAAGGAGGUCACGGCACCGGUGAAUUGUGUUAAGUGACGGAAAUCUCCUCGAGAAGAGAUUCGUCCUCGAAGAGGACGACGACGACGACGACGACGACGACAACGACAACUAUUACGUGGAACUUGGUCUGGUUCCGAGUCUAGACGAGUGUCGAUGCAGUGCUAGAUCCAACUGAUCCAACUUGCGAAUACGUCUGCAGUUACGCGCGGUGACUCUCGCGAAGAGAUCGAGAGUUGUACACUCGAUCUGGAAAAGAAAAAAAAAAGAAAAAGAAAGAGAGAGAGAGAGAGAGAGAAAGAAAGAGAGAGAAAGGACGAAAGCGCAAAGCGAUAAGGAGAUAAAGGUGUCUGCCGGGAUGCAGCAGGAGGAGCCGUUCAGCUCCAGCUAACACGUGGUCCACACACUCCAAGAUCGCGAGGGAAGCGUGUUUCAUCGUGAGAGGCUGGGACCUCCAGGAUGCCAGGGGUGUGGAAGUUGCUACGCAUGCUGAUCUAUAUGGUGGUUGGCUUGAAGAACGUUGGUAGCAACGGCGACAUCUGGCCGCUUGAAAGGCCAGAGGGCAUGCCGGCCAUCCAGUCCCUCGAAGUGAUGUGCGGAAAGGAUCACAUGGACGUUCAUCUCUCGUUUUCGCAACCUUUCGAGGGAAUCGUUUCGUCCAAGGGCCAACAUGCCGAUCCUCGAUGCGUCUACGUUCCACCGUCGACAGGACAAACGUUCUUUUCAUUUCGAAUAGCAUAUGCCAGAUGUGGUACAAAGCCGGAUAUGCACGGACAGUUUUAUGAAAACACCGUUGUCGUUCAAUACGACAAAGAUCUACUUGAAGUAUGGGACGAAGCUAAACGAUUGCGAUGCGAAUGGUUUAACGAUUAUGAGAAAACAGCGUCGAAACCACCGAUGGUGAUAGCUGAUCUCGAUGUGAUACAAUUAGAUUUCCGAGGGGACAACGUGGACUGUUGGAUGGAAAUACAACAUGGGAAAGGACCAUGGGCUCCACCAGUGUCCGGCAUCGUUCCUCUUGGCUCGACUCUCACGCUGGUCGUCGCGAUAAACGAUUACCGAGGUAACGAGCGACAGAACUCCCAAGGUGAGUUCGACAUGCGAGUCAAAUCGUGCGUUGCUUCGGACGGCGGGGGACAUACGAUACAGCUCAGCGACGAGUUCGGGUGCGUUCUAAGGCCUAAGAUGAUCAGCCGUUUUCUCAAGGCCAGAGGAUCGGACGAUCGGGCUACUGUUAUAACAUAUGCUUUCUUCCAUGCGUUCAAGUUUCCCGAUGCCCUUAGCGUCCAUAUCAAGUGCAAGGUGGAGAUCUGUCGGCACGGUUGUCUCGAUCACUGUCAACUUAGCGGCUCGGUGGGACAUUACAUUCAAGAACGUAAGGAUCAGAUCCUUCAGCAAUAUCACCAGACCACAGGAACGCCCAUCAUUCACAACGACGAUAAUAACAGUGCGGAGAAAAACGAAGGGGGCGUAAACGAUGAACAAAACGACGGUUCUCUUUACGACGACAUCAUUCAGAACGGUGACGAGAUGACUUCGAUAGGCGGACAAUUUCUGGGCGUCGAGAAGUCCGUUGUAAAGGCUCAGCCGCAAACAAGCAAUCGACUUCCAGCUCCCGUGGUAGAGCCGCAAAACGAGGACGACGUACAUCCGGACGAUCUUUCGCGGCCGUUCUUGGAACCACCAAGAGUUACGAGAUACGAGAGCGACCGUGAACAAUUCCCUCACGGGCCACGUAACUUAGAAGAGGACGGAGGUUCGAGGCCGGUGACACCUUUGUCUUCGGCGAACGUGAGGCGAAAGAGAUCGGUAGUGGUGUCGGACAGAAAGGUUCGAAGCGCGGACGUCGGUGUAAGUGGAAUCUACGAGGUAAUAUCUGAGGCUGACCUGGCCUUCAGUCCGGAUACCCACGCCGAGGCCGUGACAGUCUUUCAAGGUAGAAUACGGGAGGAGGUUGUAUAUGGUAUUUGUUUGCCGAUGCCAGGCUUCAGUGCUUUGUUCGUCGUCGUAGCUCUUUCAGCGGUAGUCUCGGCAUUAGUUGCCGGUGCUAUGUUGCAUCGAUUGCAAGCACAGCGUGAAGCAGUCGUAGGUAAUAGCAGAAAAAAUCGACCAGUCGCUACGGCCAACGGUUGGUUACUUUAUGGUCUCCUUCGUGUACGUUGUACGACGAGACCUCCACCUCCACCACCACCACCACCAUCAUCGUCCUCAUCCUCAUCGUCAUCGUCGUCAUCCUCGUCAUCAUCGUCAUCGUCAUCGUCCUCGUCAUCAUCAACGCAAUUGCAAAAACAAUCGAACGAGAUCGUCUCGAGAGAGACACCUUCGAUCGAGAGAGGCUGAUCCGAACGUAACGACUCCAGCGACUCGACGAACAAUCGAACAGCAUUAUCGGACAGUGAUAAAAUGCUCUCCGAGAGACUAUGUGCAAUAAUACGCUGUACAAAAUAAAACGUAAGUGCGUAGGAUCGCGCCCGAAUAAUCUCCCGAGUCGUAUUUAGUCGAGAGUAGUAGUCUCUUUUCUUUUUUUCUUUCUUUCUUAUUUUUCUUUCCACCGUCAUUUCUUUUUUCUGUUUAUCUUUCUUCGUUAUUCUCUUCUUCGUUUUAUUCCGAACUACAUUGUCGAAAGAUUUAGUCGUUCGUAUUCACGGGACGAUGAUCUUCGAUCGUUUCAACUAUACUUCCUCAGCCAUUAAUGCCAAGUUGUAUUGUCUCUCUCUCUCUCUCUCUCUCUCUCUCUCCCCCUCCCUCCCUCCCACCGCCCCCGCCUCUCUCUCUCGAAGUCAGGAUAUCGUGAAACGUUUAAGCGAUAAUAGCGAGACGUGUCUGGAAAUAUGCAACUUCUUCAUUGCCGAUACAUUCAAGAAAAGAUCGUUUCUUGUCUAUCUAAAGUCAUCGAAUUGUACGUGCUGUUUAAUUUUCUUAUUAUUUAAGUUAAUAUAAAAAUGUUAUGUAUAUCAACGAUGAAGUUGAGAGAUCUUUUACAAAGGAAAGGUAAAUGGAAUUGAUCGUUUCGAGGUGUCAUGUUAAUGUUGACGAUGACGGUAAUUAUGACGACGACGACGACGAUGAUGAUGAUAAUGAUGAUGAUGAUGAUGAUGAUGAUGAUGAUGAUGAUGAUAAUGACGAUGAUGAUGAUAAUUAUGAUGAUGAUGAUAAUAAUGAUGAUGAUGAUGAUGAUAAUGAUGAUAAUGGUGAUGAUGGUAAUAAUGAUGAUGAUGAUAAUAAUGAUCAACAAGUUCGUAUAUGUAUGUAUAAUCUACAUUGUAGGAUUGAGUGACAUGUAGUUAGGUGUUUAGAAAUUAGAAAUGAGUUCGUUGUUAUUUAGCCAGACGCCAUCGAUCGCAAAUAAUUCAGAAAGAAGAAAGAAAUACUUGUUUUAUUUCUGUAUUUUUUUCUUUUUUUUUUUCUAACAGAAGAAAAUUCUUUCUAAUGUAUUCGUCUGACUUUUUUUUUGGAAUAUCUUUCUAUACCGUUAAAGCAUCGUCUUCUUUCAUUGCUAUCACGAAAGACGUCAUAUAUUUUCUUCUUUUUAGAUAAUAAUAAUUGUAUACUCGUUGUAAAAGUUGAUUAGCAUUACGAUGGCGUUCGCGUCUCGUUGUUUCGUCGAAUCUUAUUUAUCCAAAAGAAGGAGAAAAAGAAAAGAAGAUAAGGAAAAGCGAAAACAACAAGAAAAAGAAUAAAAAAGAAGGCGCGAAUGCCCUCCCCUCCCCCUCAUCCUCCCUCCUGCUCCCAACACGUAUUAAUUGUUAAGAAUAAAAACUUUGCGUUAAUAAUAAGUAUACGUGUACACGUGUAAAAAAUUAUUUUCUCCGUACGCUUAGAUGUUAAGGAAAUAUUAAUUUAAAAACGACCAAUUCUAAUCAUUUCGUCGUUGAUGACAUUAAAUAAUAUUUUUUUAUAAAGCGUGUUAUUUUUUGUAUAGCAUUAAAGUAAAAAGUAUUCGGAUAAAAAUAACCGAUAAUGCGAUAAUGAUUCGAUAUUAAUUCAGAGGUUGUGUUUCUAUUUAAUAAUAUGCAUUAAACGAUUAAGACAAUAAAUAUAUUUACAGGAUCUUGGAUGAUUACUGCAAGCUCCGAUGAUUUUCGUCCCACAAAUAAUAAUAAUAAUAAUAAAAAGAAAAGAAAAGAAAAGAACAAAAAAAAAAAAAGAAUAAAAAGAGGAGAGAAAAUCCUUUCUUUUUUACGUUUCCACAUGGAUAAGAUAUGAUUAUAAAAAAGAAAUAAAAUAUACAUUUUUGUAAAUAAAAAUAAAUUUAUUAUAAACAUACACGUAUAAAAAUAUAGACACAUUGCCUUUCAAAUUGGAUAUGCUCAUCCAAUGAGCAAAGGUACGUUCAAAUAAACUUAUUUCUACGUUCUUUUAAUAAUAACUCGUUCGCGUCUGAUGUAAUUAUUAUAAACUAAAUUGUCUGUAUAAUCUACCAAUAUUUUCUAGGUCAAUAUAAAAAAUAUUCAAAAUUUGUAUAUCGUUAAAAAUUGCAAUUGAAAAUUAGUACAACAGUCGAUUUAAAAGUAAUCGCGAUGAUACCGUAUGAUAGUUCUUAAUUACGCAAUAAAACAACGCAAACAGAAAAUAUGUAGCAAUAAAUAAAUAAAUA